AUGUCAGGUAGCUACCCGGUAGCUACUUGCAUCGACCUCCGACCCAGGUACCAUAGAGAUAGUACCCGGCCGCAUACAAACGACCACCGAUUACCAUACGCCGAUUGACUUUUUCAAUAGUUGCUACCCGGUAGCUAUUCGACUCACCUAUGUCCAAAUCCGGUCGAUAGAUCUUCCUAGCUUCCACCUAGCUCUUCUAAUAGCUACAAACUUUAUACCUUCCUAUUCACAAUAAAUUUCAUAUAAAUCUGAAUAUACGAUUAAAAACUUCCUUUUGAAAUUCCCACACCUUUCAGAAAGCUUUUUUAGAAGCUACAGAACCUGCCUUCACAUGAAAAAAUAACUUGAAAGACAACCUGAGAAGGUUUUUCAUAGGGAAAAGCUUUCUAAUUGGUAGUCUGACUAGAAAUUGAAAUGAAUAUCGGCUUGAAAAAAUAAUGGUGAAUCCUUUUCACGUUCUGAGAAAGUCAUAGUUUUGCGAUCUCCCAUCAAUCAAAGCCAACUCUAUUUGCUUCCCAUAUCCGAUCCUGUCAAUCAGAAGUACAAAGGGACAAUUUAAAAGGUGCUAGAUCUCGCAUUAUUAACACCUCCAGGCAUUUCCACGCUUUCGGCAUAUAUCAUCUUCAAGCGUUUGCCUGGGGACAACAGUGAGAGAAAGGGGCGGAGUUGGGAGUCGGGUCAAGUCCCAAGCUCCUCAGACCUUCAUUCUGUCCCAACUUUGCUCUGCCGAGCGGUUGUCCAGUGUUCCCAUCUCACUCCAUUCGACCAUGUCCGCCGUCAAGAGAGACUUCGAGGAUUUCCACGGAGAAAUGUACGAAUCUUCGUACUUUCUCGAGACAGAGCCCAUCGCUCCAGAAAUUGUGAGUUUCUUCUUUUACUUAUCGUUUUUUUUAUUUGAUACUUAAUUCCGAAUUAAAUAUUGACUUUUCAGCGCAAAACCGAGAAGGAACGCCAAAACAAGCGCAAAGUGGCGGGAAAAAGCGGAAUCAAGAUGGUACGUUAUUUCAAAUUUCUGAAAUAUAUUCGCUUCAAUCACAGAAAAUGUCAUGUACAUCUGAACUAAUAUGCCAAAAUUUCAGGGAAAACAAGUUAAACGCAAUCAUGAAGGGAAAACGCCAAGCGAGGAGUUCGAGGAGUUCUAUCGUAACAUGUACGAAGCGUAG